AUGAGCACACAGGCAAGCCAAGCAACCUCUUCACCCUCCAUCGACGCUAUGCGAUCCCCCAGCAACGAGCCGGAGCAAGUGCCGGUCCACACCUUCGGCGAGGGCGUUUUGGCGACCCUGAACAGCCUCUGCAUGAACAAGCUCUACUCGGACGUGGAGCUCGUUGUGGAGGAUCAGCACCUGCCAGGGCACCGCAUGAUUCUAGCCGCGCGCAGUGAGUACUUCCGCGCCCUGCUCUACGGCGGGUUGUCCGAGUCCACGGAAAGAGUGAUUCGGCUCCCAGAGGUGUCGCUGGAGGCAUUUAAGAUUAUCCUGGGCUACCUUUACUCGGGCACUCUGCCCAUAUCCACUCUGGACGUGGAUGCCUCCUUAAAGGUGCUCGGUUUGGCCAACCAGUAUGGCUGUCUGGAGGUCGAGACGCCACUAGCCAAACAUCUCUUUGAGAAUCUGGCCAUCAGCAACGCAUUCAAGAUCCUGGAAGCAGCACGCCUCUACAAUCUCGAAGAGCUGACCAGGAAAUGCCUAAAAUUCAUUGACCGUAAAGGGUGCUCAAUGUUAAACGACGAUUCCUUCCUAAUGCUGUCUGAGGAAAUACUUGAAGAACUGCUGCCACGGGACACUUUCAUUGCUGAGGAACUGGAAAUCUUUCGAGCGGUAUGCAGAUGGAGUCGCCACAAUCCGAGCGUGGAUAUCAAGUCGUUGCUAUCGCUUGUACGUCUCCCUCUCAUUGAAGUUAAGGACUUGGUGGGUACGGUUCGUCAAUCUGGAUUCGUUGACCUGAACACAAUAUGCGACGUCAUCGAUAAGUCUUUUAAGCUGGAGAACCUGCCCUAUCGUGCCCACGUGUUGUCAGGUUUAAAUGAGGCCUCAGAAGAAUGGUAUGCGAAACGUUUGAUAGUGAACAAUAAUGAGAGCGUAAUCAAGAUGAACUUCUGGUGCAUUAUUAAUAUUAUAUUAAUUAAAAGUUGCCCAUCAAUGCCGUUAUACUUCACCGUGGAGAUCUCUUGCGACAAUGCACGCUGGGUUUGCGUGGGAAAAUUUACAUGUACAGCCUCGGGUUAUUGGUUUUACUUCACGCGCAGGCCUGUUCGUUACAUUCGGAUCGUGCAUACAGAGAGUGGACGCAAUAAUAUGUUGAAGGAUGUUGAGCUCGAAGCCCUUUUAAAUGACGAUAUUCCCUAG